CAUUAUUACACAACACCUCUCUUACUGCUUCGAACCGUAGGAAAUGGCGCAUUUCCUAAGGGGCAAGCAAGCCGGCAUCCAGAAGGACUUUUCUGGCAGUCUCGCGCCGGAGCUGUUCGAUAUCGAUGAUCUCUUGAGAUGUGGUAUCAAUUCACAGACUAGUGCCCUUGCCUACGAUCCAGUUCAGUCUCUCCUUGCGGUUGGUACGAGCGAAUCGCAAUUCGGCCAUGGCCAGGUCUACGUUUUCGGCCAGGGACGAGUCUCAGUCAUCUUCUCUUUACCCCGGAAGGCGUCGGCGAAAUUCCUGCAGUUUUGUGGCGACAAGCUCAUCAGUGUCGACUCGAAAAGCGAAAUCAGCGUCUUCUCCCUAGAAACGAAGAAACUACUUGUCUCAUACGCCCCUCCGAGUAUCGCUAGCGCGUUGCUCUCUGACCCUAGUCUCGACUAUGCAUUCAUUGGCUUGCAGAAUGGCGACGUCAUCGCGUACGAUCUGGAUCGUGAAACCGUAACGCCGUAUAAAAUAUCCAACCUGUGGGCUCAGCGCAAUCCGCGAGCGCGAAUUUGUCCCGUCAUCAGUCUGGCUUUUUCGCCCCGUGACAUCGGCAAGAUCCUCAUUGGGUACCCAGACGGUGCGGUAACAUUCUCGUUCAAGCAGAACGUAGCACAGCAUUACUUUGAGUAUGAAGUACCACCAGGCGCUCUAGGCGGAAACGGUAUUGCGCCAUACAGAGAUAUUCGAAAACCGAAGUUGACCAAAGCCCUAUGGCAUCCGAACGGCAUAUUCAUUCUCACUGUUCAUGACGACAAUAGUUUGGUUUUCUGGGAUACAAAGGACGGUCGCAAGCUAUUAGCCAGGUCUAUCACGACGCCCAACAUUGACCAGCCAGGUGUCGGUCCCAGAGGGCCCGCUGCGCCCGAGUCCGCUAUCAGCCUCAAAGACCCCAUCACUGACGUUGCGUGGUGUGUCAAGGCAAAUGGUGACGACAGUGGCCUUCUUAUUGCCGGUGGUAAGCCGAAGGAUGAGAGAUGCAAGAAUCUUACUUUCAUCGACCUGGGCCCGUCGCCUAACUAUCAAACAUCCUCUUGGGCCAUGAUCACCACAUAUCUUGAGAAUCCGAAGACUAUCGCAGAGAUUUCCAUUCCCCCAGGUGCUGAAGUUGUCCGAUUCUGCCUCAUUCCCCGCAAUUCUCCCUAUUAUGGAGGCGCCCACGACCCAAUCGCAAUUCUUGCUCUUCUAACAUCGGGGGAACUCAUUACACUGAGCUUCCCAAGUGGUCAUCCCAUUCCACCUACUAACAUGCUACCACCCUCUCUGACUCUUAUUCAUCCAUUUGUAAACAAGAUCACUUUGACUCCAGUCGAUCGUGCCGAUUGGCUGGGUUUAAAGGAACGAAGGUCUCAAGGACCGAAAUUCAUCUUAGGGGGCGCAGAAGAAAGGAAGCAGCUCAAACGCUUAGAGAGUCGCAAUAUUAUCACAGCAGCACAUGCGGACGGCACCGUCCGGAUUUGGGACGUAGGGCACGACGAUGAGAUCGAGAACUCGGAAUUGAUUCAGGUCGAUCUGGCUCGGGCUCUAGGCCGAGUAGGGGUCGUCGAUGUCACAGAGAUGUCUCUUGGUGGUUCUAGUGGUGAACUGUCAGUUGGCCUCAGAAGUGGUGAGGUUGCAAUAUUCAGAUGGGGCAGUAACCAAAACUUUGGCUUGGAGCAACCCCCCGGAACGAAUAAUGGGCCUGGAGAGUUGACCGACAUUACACAUAGAACUGACCCCAGUCUGAAACAUGGCCUUCUGCCCUUGACUCUUCUGAGCAUGCAGCAGGGUCCAGUGACUGCGCUAAAGCACAGUCCAAUAGGGUUUGUUGCUGCCGGGUUCGAAGGUGGCAGUAUCGCUAUAAUAGACCUACGUGGGCCAGCCAUCAUCCACACUGCGAAUAUCUCCGAAUUAUCCAAGCAGAACAAACGGAGCAGUUUCCUCAAGACUCGUAGCUCCAGCGAAACUAUUCCUGAGGUGCCCACCGCCAUCGAGUUUGGUAUACUGACCCUGGAGGGCGAGGAAUUCUCCAGCAUUUGCUGUUUUGUGGGAACAAACAGAGGCAACCUGGCCACGUUCAAGAUCUUACCGUCGAGCGGCGGCGCCUUUGUAGCGUCGUUCGCUGGCGCAGUUGCAUUGGAAGAUAAAAUAAUCAACAUCAUACCUAUCAAUGCCGAUGAUGGCAGCCUGGCUCUUGCUACAGGCAAAGCAUUCGGAGGCUUAAGGAACGGAACCAGGGUUCACGGGGCAGUGGUUGCUGUCACUGUUAACAGCUGCAGGAUUUUCAAGCCCGCCACGUCCAAGGGCGCACAUCGAUCCUGGGAUGACUACCUCUGCGACUCUGCCUCUGUUGUCAAUCUUCCUGGCCGAGGAUGUAGUCUGGUUGGACUGUUUGGCGACGGCAAUGCCCGAGCAUUCUCUAUCCCUGGCUUAAAGGAGAUCGGUUGUGCUAAAAUCGGUCAUAUGGCUGACAUGAGCCGUCUUUCCCAGUCUACUGUCUCGCCAAACGGCAGUGUCCUGUUCUGGACAAGUCCGUCCGAAAUUGGGCUGAUCAACGUUUGGGGCGCCGGUAUUGAGCUUCGGCCGUCAGAAGAUCAGUUGUUCAACCCACAAGCAGUAUCCCCACCUCGACCUACGAUUACCAAUCUGCAAUGGAUCUCUGGUACUCAAUACAUUUCAACCGCCGACAUGGACAUCCUGAUCGGAGGUCCAGAUCGACCGCCGUCAAAGCGGAUGAUAGAACAAAUGCGGUUAGAAGAGCAAGAGCGUCGGCAAGCCGCGAGAGAAGGCAGGUCAACUCCAGCGCGGCAAAACACCAACGAUGAGGGAUACUUUGCGUACAUGCAGCGCCAGGUGCAAGAGCGCACGGAGAAGCUUUCUUUCGCUGGCGAUAACAUGGACAGAUUGGAGGAGACAAGUAGCGGCUGGGCGCGGGACGUCAACAAAUACGUCCAGAACCAGAAGAAGAAAGCAGUUCUUGGUGUUCUUGGGUCGAAGUUCGGUCUUUAGGCGGCUUUUCUGGUUCUGCUCCUCGCAAGAUAUCAUAGGUAGUUGGGCGUUUGGUAUAAUUAAUAUUAGUCUAUGCUUAGGCAUUCUAUAGACUCGCGUGCAGGUUGU